CGCAGUGCCAAUCGAUGGCGGCCUGAAGAGACUGGCGGAAGUUACCUUUGCAACAUGGCGCCGGAGAUAGACGUUCUGCUCAAACGGGUGCUGGUGCCGCUCCUUUUACCUGAGAAAUGCUACGACCGCCUUUUCGUCCAAUGGGACUUGCUUCAUGUGCCCUGCCUCAAGAUUCUCCUCAGCAAGGGGCUGGGGCUGGGCAUCGUGGCCGGCUCGCUGCUGGUGAAGCUGCCCCAGGUAUUUAAACUCCUGCGAGCCAAGAGUGCGGAAGGGCUGAGUCUCCAGUCGGUGGUGCUGGACCUGGUGGCGCUGACCGGGACCGUGGUCUACAGCAUCACCCACAACUUCCCCUUCAGCUGCUCCAGGCGGCCACCAACUACCGCAAUGGGCACACAGGCCAGCUCUCGGCCAUCACUGUCUUCCUGCUCUUUGGGGGCUCGCUCACCCGAAUCUUCACCUCCAUUCAGGAAACCGGAGACUACCUCAUGGCUGGCAUCUUUGUGGUCUCCUCCCUCUGCAACGGCCUCAUCGCUGCCCAGGUCCUCCUCUACUGGAACGCCAAAAUCCCCCACGAAGAGCCAAAGAAGGAGCAGUAGGCCCACUGGCGCCCACUGGCAGCCACUGGGGUGCUGCAUGCCCCUGCGCCCUGAGCCAGGCUGUGGAAUUUGCUCUCCAUCCCCCUGCAAUUGGGGACUUCUGAGCCAGAUCCUUAGUCAGGACCGGGACCUUGUGGCGAUGUGCCUGGAUUUGCCCCUUAGAGCAGCAAUCCCCACCCCUUGCUCUCCUGGGUGGUGGGCCUGAGGAGGUGCUGGUGGCCUGAACCCCAGUGCAUGUGGAGGAAAAAGGGCAGGAUGACUCAGGCAGGACCCGGGGUGGAGGUUUCUGCCCUGGCAGGUCCAGGAGGGAGGCGGGAAGGAUGGAGGAUGGGACAUUAAAGACUCCAAGGCAG